AUGUCAGCACCUUUGGGCCGCGUAUUGCGUUCGUCUUCUACAAUGAAGAGCCCUCGGGCGGAACCGUCGCCGGUGAAAUCUACGAGGUUUGGUAAGCAAGCUGCGGCGGUCAAGACUCCUGUCGCGCGCAAGGAAUUGCCGGCGACGGGUAAGCAGGAGUGGUUCACGGUAGAGGCUGAGAUGCUCUGUGACGAUGGCCCGAUAACGCCUCUUACGGAAGACGAGGUUCAGGAUGAUGAAGACGUUACGGGCUGUGGUUCACCUCGUAAAGACGCCGAGGUUUCGCAUAUGCCAGGAAAGCGAAAGAGGAUUGAGGUUAAUGAAGGAGAGAUGCCCGUUGAAUAUGACUUCGGAAAUCUGACGCAGAAGGCGCGCCGUGAGCUGAUAUUACAACUUUUGCGAGAAGAUGGAGAGGAGAAGACGUUACUGGAUCAGUGGUACGAAAUUCUGUCGGACAAAGAUGUCCUCGGUAGUGUGGUGCAGGAAUCGAAAACCCGCGCGGCGGUGGAUGGAUAUCGCGGUUCUGGUUCGGAUACGAUUGGAGUGAGUCGGCGGGAUGUUUCUGCAUCAAGGAGCCAAGACUGUGAGGUGUGGAAUGCGUACAACGCCUGUGGUCUUCUUGACCCUGAUUUGGAGUCGACGGUGCAUGAUUUGCCUCCUCUUGUUUUGCACGAAUAUCACUUCGAUGCGAGUGCGGAUCCUGGAUUGACGUUAUACAGCACGUUCUACUGUUGGAAUCUUCCAGAGGAGGCCAUGAGGGAGUUCAAACGAAUUGUUACAUCUGCUGGGACUGUCGCGUGUGGGAAUCCGGCGAGAAUGGAUCCUUCGCUGUACGGACUCGUCACGGUUGCCGGGAGCCAGUAUAUCGGAUACGAUACGGACAAGGCGUCCGUAUUCGUCAAUGUAGGGUCGGUUCGCUCGUCGUACCUUACAGGCGAUGGCAAGGAGUUGGCGAAUACCAGCAAGAACAUGCAUGGUAUAACGAUCACGGCGCUCGCCUACGAGUUCAAUCGCCAAGUUUCGUUUAUGUUGAUGAUCACUGGUGACGAUGAUGGGAAUGUGAGGCUUCCGUAUAACAUGGGGCAAUUGGAGUUCAAUAGUCGCCCGGGGCUGCCGAAUUGGUCGGAUAGCAAGGAAAAGGCGCCGCUUGUGAAGGGAACGAGGAAUGCGCCCGUGCCGGCUCCUGAACGUUUGAUGCAGAACAGGACAUCGCUUGGCUAUGGGGAGCCUGUACCGGUGUACGAUGGAAGGGUGAUGAAGAAAAUUGUGAUAGACGGAGACCGCAGUUUCAACCCUGCCAGGUUGCCGCCGUUCAGAGGUGAUGUCGACGUCAAUAUGCUGGUCCUUGUGGGUUACGCGAUCAACCGUUAUGCGAGGGCCGGUGCCGUGGAAGGGGUGACGAAGUCUGAUCGGGCCGAUAUUAGGUUGAAUUUCAACCUGCUCUAUGUUGUCGUGUUGGCCGAUAACGAUGGCGUCGAAUUGGAGCUGUAG